AUGUUCUCCUCCGCGUUCAUGAUUGGCGGUCGCCGUUAUGGCGGUGGCCGUGGCGUCGCGCACUUCCACCAACAUCGUGGUCACCUCAAACAGACAGGACAACAUACACGCUCUUUUAGUAGUGUCGUUUCUGGGCUACCGGCUACAGGGAAGUUGGCUGAGGUCUGCCUCAACAGCAUCGAGGAGAUGAAAACUGCAGGCACCUUCAAGCAGGAGAAGGUGAUUUCUUCGAUGCAAGCCAGUGGAAUCCAGAUCUUGGCGGACGGCGAGAAGAAGAAGGACGUGUUGAAUUUCUGCAGUAACAACUAUCUCGGUCUCUGCGACAACAAGGAGAUCAUCGAAGCAGCAAAAGAAACUCUCGAUACGCAUGGUUACGGCAUGUCGUCAGUCCGCUUCAUCUGCGGGACGCAGACUCUGCAUAAGGAGUUGGAGAAGAAACUAGCGGCCUAUCACGGAAUGGAGGACUGCAUCUUGUUUCCUUCGGGAUUUGAUGCUAAUGCAGGCUUUUUCGAAGCGGUUUUUGGGGAAGAGGACGCAAUCAUCUCAGACUCGCUGAACCACGCAUCGAUUAUUGAUGGGAUUCGAUUGUGCAAGGCGAAGAAGAAACGCUAUGCGCACUUAGAUCUGAAGGACUUGGAGGCGAAAUUGGAAGAAACAAAAGAUGCGAGAAUGCGAGUGGUGGUUACUGGUACAGCUAGUUACACAUAUUUAUUAGUACACUUUUAGUUUUAAUUACUGGUGCCAUGUUGAAGAUGAAGUGUUAUACUGGAACACUCAAAAUCAAAAUCAAUCCCCUGGUGCUAUCCAAUAUCCCAACUUGCAACAUCAGAUGGCGUUUUUUCCAUGGACGGCGAUGUCGCUCCCCUUGACAAGAUUCGCGCUAUUGUCGAUAAAUUCCCCGACACCUACCUUUUCGUCGAUGAUUGUCACGCAACCGGUUUCCUCGGUACCACCGGACGCGGUACCCCAGAACUCUCCAAUACCAAGGUCGACUUUCUCUCUACCACUUUAGGCAAGGCUCUUGGUGGUGCCACUGGCGGUUACAUCGUCGCUUCAAAGGAGGUAGUGACCAUUUUGCGGAACAAGGCACGAACCUAUCUGUUCACGAACACGAUUGCGCCAGUGGUUGCCGGUGCGAGUAUCAAGGUGCUGGAGAUGUUGGAUCAGCAGGACACGCUGAGAAAACAACUGAUGAAGAAUACGCACUAUGUGCGUGAACGAUUGACGGAUGCAGGAUUGGUCGUUUUGGGCCACGACGACUGCCCGAUUGUGCCAGUAUAUUUUGGGGAUGCGUUGGUACAUAAAUUUGAAUUUUCAUUGGAAUUUUAUCCGGCAUCAUGAUUGCGAUGAAAUGAUUCUAAUGGCUAUCCAUAUUAUGAGUAAAUAAAAAGUAAAAAUCUAAACCCAUCAACACAGGUCGCUCAAUCUGUGUCUUCGAACCUCCUCGAACGUGGCAUCUUGGCCAUCGCUUUUUCCUAUCCAGUAGUCCCGCAAGGCGCUGCCCGCAUAAGGUUCCAGAUGUCGGCUGCUCAUACAGAAGAGCACUUGCAGAAGUUUGUGGCAGCCGUUAUUGUUGCUGCUAAGGAAACUGGAGCUUUGGAGACUAUAUUGAAGAUUAUGAAAAGGAUAUACUAAAAACUCUAAUUCACAUUGAAGAUUGAAGAUUUUUUUUCUUCUGCGAAAUCAUCAUGAUCAUCUACAUCCCCUUCACUUUUUCACCCUCUAAUAUCCCCGAAGCCUUCACGCAACGUGCCGACAAAUCCAGGAUUGAAGCUGAGAACGCUGCAGCAAAGGAGGCAGAGAGAAAAGACCGAGAAGCCAAAGAAAAGAGCAGACGGGAGGUAGAUGUUGGAUCUGCUUUGCCUGCUUCUACUACGUCAACCUCCACCAUUGGUUCUUCAUCAGGUUCUGGUAGUUUGAAUGCAGCAGCAGCAGCCAUGCCUAUGGCUGCUCCUUCCACCACUAAUACACCCAUAAGGCGACAGCUAAGCGCUGGAAAACCCGUAUUCAAAACGAAAUUGGAUCUAGAAAAAGUAGCGAGAAAACACAGCGCUGGAAUCCUUGCAGUGAGAAGAGAGACGCAAACGCGCUUAGCAUCUAGAUGAAAUGAUGAGUAAGGCUAAAGGUAGAUGUGAUUAACAAUUUUUACUGACGACCCGAGAAGUUUGUUUUAAGUUCAUAUCGCUACCUGUACCUGUACCUGCUCCAUAACCAUAUCUUGUGCAGAUCUUGAUUUGUUGGUCAUUGUCAGCACGAUGACAGACUUAUUAGGUAGCUAUGGUGGAGGAGGCCUUUGUUAAAUGGACACGUCCGGUUCACACAGAACUAAGUAGACUUUUAAGUUACCAUUGAAGGUCAAUACGCAUCAGGUCGAUGAUACAAAAAGUGAAGGCUUUUACAUACACCUUCAUCACUAAUAAAAGGUUGUUAUUUAUUUUCUUUUUCAUUUCAGUAUCUAAAAUAAUGAAUCCUAUUUAUCAGAUUUCUUUAUCCUAAAUCCAUCGAGCUUCAUGAACAUCAUUCACAUCAUGUGUCAAUUUUUUACGGCUGUGUAUAUCCAGAUGAUUUUGAUUUUCAGUCUGUGUUUUACUUAUAUAAAUAUAGAUUUUGAGAGCAGCCCUAGGCCUAGUAGCCCUAGAUUUAGAUAUCAGUUGCUUGUUAAACAAUUAGAGAAACGACCCGAGACCAAGACCAUGAAGAAAUCGAUUCUCCUCACUCCCAUUCCCUUUCCCAUGAUGAUAACGUAGAUCCUGGAAGUGCAAGUAGUGACCGUGGGUCCCUGUACCCCAGUAAGUAAAGAAAUGCAAAGAAAUAGAAAGUGCAAAGUACGCAUACAGGGGUCCUCUUACUCUUAGCAUAGUAAAAAAUACAAAAUGCAACUACAGCACUCCUGCAUUGCCUCAUUUUCUGAAUUUUCGAGUUGAUAAUGAUAACUAUUGGUAUUGUCACUAAAAAAUCCAAAACCUCCCUAUCUCAGCACCUUUGAAACGAAUUUUUUUUCGGCACUUAAUUCGGAAGCUGCUCGAUGAGCCGCCACCUGGUUCCGACCACAAGAAAGCGCAUCAUCAACGGUCUGCUCGCUUUCAUGGCAGCUUAGUUCUUGAAGACGACAUUAGCUGGUGGUUGUUAUUUUUCCAAUUUCGUACAACAGGUUCUUAACUAGCACUUAACAACAAUCAAUGAAGAUGAUGGCUCAAUGGCUUUUUGGUUCUUUUGACCUUCAAAAAAAAGAUUUUUUUGAUCUAAACUGACCUACGGUACGGAGUUCAAGUUAUUUUUCGGCUCAUUCCGUCACUGAUACUAGAGGAGGUCUACAACUCUGAUUCUACAGCUGCACGUACUACUACUAGCUGUAUUAUCGUUCAUUCUCGCUUACGAAGCUUUAGCCAAUUCUUACUCUCAUCACCCAAAUCCUUUGUUCACUUUAAUUUCUAAGUACCAAAACCAAUUAAGAACCUUUUAUUUUCUCAAAAUGACCGUUUGCUUGUGUUUUUUCACAAUAGCAAGCUCCUCAGAAAUAUUUGGUCAACAUCUAUUCCUCUAUGAUUUUUAGCGAGUCAUACUCAUAGUCAUACAUCAUCUCAUCAAGGAGGUGCAACAUAUCAAUCUUUGUCUUUCUACAAUGAACCGUGAGCAUCGGCAACAUUAGGCCGUGUAGUCGCAUUAGUAGUUGAUUUACAUAUUAUAUGGACGUUUCUCAACUAUGAUUUAUCGCUGCUGCUGUUCAGCUCGUAGUUGAUAACCACUAACUACACACCCACAGUCGUCGCGCAGAUUCCUGCUUUGUCAUUGAGAUCACAAGACGCAUUCACGUCCUCAUGCUUCUAACGUGAAGAUCAUGAUCGUUGGUUUUAUUCGCAUUUAUUCCCAGAAAAGCAAAGAAAAUCCUCUAAGGAGGCACUCCCCAACAUUCAUGGAGUAC